UGCGUGCGCGAUCCUGUGUGGUCAUUCAGUCGCCUACGCACUGAGGUGCAGAUACAUCAGUAAAUUCACACGAGUUUUUAAGACACUCCUCUCUCUCUCACACACACACUUACUUACUCAUACUCGAGAUGUCUGACAUGGAGCCUAAAUCAGCCCAGGAUUUAACCGUGGUGGUGCAGAGUUUACUGCAGCAGAUGCAGGACAAGUUCCAGACCAUGUCCGACCAGAUUAUCGGAAGAAUCGACGACAUGAGCACCCGCAUCGACGACCUGGAGAAGAACAUCUCCGACCUCAUGACUCAAGCGGGCGUGGAGGAGUUUGACGGAGAGAACAAAAUGGGCGACGCGUCAGGAACAGCUUGAUGAAGACGAAGAGCCAGCGAUCAAAUAAGUGCAUGAGCACUUAAGGACGGAGGAGCAGAAAAUGAGGAUGAAACUUUUCACUGAGAUUCGACCAGUGACAUGUGGGAGGAGUUAAAGCAGGUCUGACCUCACCUCAUGGGCCUCUGACCCCACCCUCUGGACUUGAGAGCCCAAGAAAUGUUUGCAUUGGGAGGAUGUUAAUAGCAGAAAGCAGCUUUUAAAAUCUUAGUUUAGUUAGAGUGUGUGUGUGUGUGUGUGUGCUUUUUUUAAAGUAUAUGUAAAUGCUACAUAAUUACAAAAAUGUAUUGUUUCAUUUCUUGCAGCAUAUGUGGUUUGUGCUUUUAUUUUUAUUUAUUUGGGGUUUUAAAAUGUAUUUUUAUUCUAAAAAUGUCAAAUCCAUUGAUGGCACUCAACUCGUAACUAUCCAAACUUCUUAUUUAUUUAUUUAUUUGUUUAUUUAUUUUUAUCACUUCUCACUG